AACCAUAUCUAAGGGCACCGACCUUAUUUCCACCCUCUUUUGCACUUUUCUUUCUUUUGGCUAAAAUCCAUGUUCCUUUCGAUUUAAUCAAUGCUUCCAGAUUACUCUCGCAAUCUCCAUUAUUCGAUCGCCAUUGUAUUCUAUUCAUAGGAAAGGAACAUUGUGAUUAAUGCAGUUUCCGGAUUAUGCAUUUCCUUCUGUAUUCCUCUCCUCUUAACAGUCAACCUUCUGUCCUCCAGUCCUUUCCCACUACCGUAAAACACAUUUCGUCUUUCCCUUCAAAUUCAUUUCUUAACGAUUAACAGGGUGAGACCCGUUUGCUUCCUGGGUUGCCCGAGGAAAUGGGCCUGACGGAAUCGGAUCUUAAAAACGCGGCCCUCCUGGGCCCCCUGGGCCUGGCUUCUCUACUGCUCCACCAGGUGCUACCGGGCCUCCCAUGAUGGGCCUGCCAAAACCAGGUUAAGGGACGAUUUGGAUGGAGGAUGUCGAGGACUCAGUCGUGUUGAUGAUCAACACGUGUGAUGAUCUCGAGCGUCCGUUCAUUGAGCAUUUGGCCAACGUAAUUGGGAAACCGACGUUGAGCGUCGUCGGUCUACUGUCGCCGGAACAGUUCUGGAAAUCGGCGCACUCCUUGCUUCACCAUCGUGAAAUCCGAAGCAACCGGCGGCGAUCAAACGUGACCGAAGAUGAGGGAUGGGCACCGCAAUUGCUGAUACUUAGCCACCCAUCGACGGGAGGGUUUCUGUCGCACUGUGGAUGGACUUCGACGAUGGAGGUAAUCGGACGCGGGGUCCCGUUACUAGCAUGGCCAAGCAGGGUCUACCAAUACUACAACGCAAAGCUGAUGGCGCGGCAUCUGAAGGUUGGGUGUUUGAUAACCGACGAUAUGUCCCAGACGGUGAAGAAUGAUGGUAUAACGAAGGGGAUAGAGACGCUAAUGGGAGAUUAAGAGAUGAAAAAAUGAGCUGCGAAUCUUGGCUCCAAAUUCCACAGGGCUUUCCGGUAAGUGCCGCGACUUCUUUGGAUGCCUUUAGGGACUUUAUCAGCAAAAAUGAACAUUAACAAUCAAC